CAUGUAUGUAAACUGUGUUUGUGUGCACGUGUAUUCAUGUGUGUGUGUGUGUGUGUGUGUGUGUGUUUGUUUUAGGGUGGAUUUGUUGCCGGUUUUUCCUCCAGUAACCUUGGCGACGUCAGUCCGAACACCAAAGGACCUCACUGUUUGAACACCGGACUGCCCUGUGAUUACCUGAACAGCUCCUGUCCUGUGGGAGGGGUAAACACACACACACACACACACACGCACGCACACACACACACACACACACACACACACACACACACACACACACACACACACACACACACAAAAUAAUGUCUUUAAGCCACCUUAGAAUGUUGGUCCCUUACAUGCUGCGUCCAGUGUCUAGUCCCCACAUGUGGUAAAAUGUCAGUGUGUGUGUGUGUGUGUGUGUGUGUGUCAGCCGAGGAUGUGUACAUCGUUUGGACCUGGAGAGGACAUGUUUGACAGCACCAGGAUCAUUGGAGAAAACAUCUACAAGAAGGCCAAGGUAACAUCUGCCUGACUCACACCUGAAUACAUGUACAGUGUAGAUAUAUACUCAUAUAUUUGUGUUUUUAUAGUGUAGAUAUAUACUUGUAUAUUUGUAUAUUAAUAUAUUUACAGUGUAGAUGUACUCGUAUAUUUGUGUAUUUAUAGUGUAGAUAUAUACUUGUAUACUCGUAUAUUUGUGUAUUUACAGUGUAGAUAUAUACUUGUAUACUCGUAUAUUUGUGUAUUUACAGUGUAGAUAUAUACUUGUAUACUUGUAUAUUAGUGUAUUUACAGUGUAGAUGUACUCGUAUAUUUGUGUAUUUAUAGUGUAGAUGCACUUGUAUAUUUGUGUAUUUACAGUGUAGAUAUAUACUUGUAUACUCGUAUAUUUGUGUAUUUAUAGUGUAGAUGUACUCGUAUAUUUGUGUAUUUAUAGUGUAGAUAUAUACUUGUAUAUUUGUAUAUUAAUAUAUUUACAGUGUAGAUGUACGCGUAUAUUUGUGUAUUUACAGUGUAGAUAUAUACUUGUAUACUCGUAUAUUUGUGUAUUUACAGUGUAGAUAUGUGUGUGUUUUUACAGUACAUUUCUAAAGUCGUGUUUUUAAAGUCGUACCUGCAGCUCGUUCCUCCCUGCAGGUCGUUGCAGAUGUUCUGUCCUCGUCAGCCACCGUAGUUUGUCCUGAUUUUCUGAUGAUUAAUUGAUGUUUUCAUGUUUGUGUUUGUGUUGCUGCCCCCUGCAGGAGCUGUAUGCUGGUGCAACAGAAGAGGUGACUGGCUUCCUUCACUCUGCACAUCAGUGGGUCAACAUGACAGACGUCACUAUUCCGAUCAACGCCACUCACACGGUCGGUAUCCAUGGAAACGAAGUCUAUCACACAGUAAUUGAGUAGAUGACAUAUUUGUCGAUCUUGCAUCAAUAUCUGAUUAUUAUUAUUACAUUGAUCAGGUUACGUCCUCAAAUCUUUGGUUUCUCUACGACGUGCUCUGAUUAGUAUUGUUUAAUAAGAUGAGUCUAAAGGUUCUGUGUGGUUCAGGUCCGGACCUGUAAACCGGCUCUGGGUCACAGUUUCGCAGCAGGAACCACAGACGGAGGAGGAGACCUGAACUUCACUCAGGGUGAGUCCUCUGUCCUCACUCCGCUGGGACAGGUAUGGAUCCCUGCACACCUGAGCGUCUCUCUCCAUCUCCUUUUAGGCGCCGUGGAGGGCGACCCGUUCUGGGACGGGAUCAGAGACGCUCUGUUGGGAGAGCCGUCCAAUGAGACGCAGGAGUGUCAUCACCCCAAACCGAUUCUGUUCAGUACGGGGGAGGUAAGGAGGAGCUUUAACAGAGAACCAAGUCUGGAGCCUCGGGGGGUAGUGAUGGGACGAACCGUUCUUUUGACUGAAUCUGUAGAAUCUGUUCAUUAAAAGGAUUCGUUCAAAGGAUUCGUUCACUGAAUCAGUCAGUGUUUCAGAGCCCCGUCCUGUCGCUGCAGUACACCAGUGAGUGACAGCGGCGAGUUCGUUCAUUAGCCCCUCCCCUCCCCUGCUGUUGAAGUCACAGCGUUGUUCACUGGGUGACUCAUGUCGUUCAUUCGCCAAGUCCUGUCCCCUCACAUUAGAUGACGCAUUCGUUGUUGUAAUAUGAACGACCGCACAAAAAGAUCGGAUUUAACAAAAAAUCUGAAUUGUGCGUCAUAACCUGCAGCGUGAACGUAGACUUAGCCUCAGUGAACCAAUCGCUGCUCGGCAGUUCAGGAACGAUGCUACACCCCUCCCUCCUCUGCCUAACUCGAGUCGUUCAGAAGUCGUUCGUUUCGUUCACAGUCUGACUGAUUCAUGUCGUUCAUUCCCUGUGAGUGAAUCACGAGACUCCGCCCGCCCACUCACUCACUCGCUGGCUGUGUGUUGUUCACCAAAGACUCAAAGGCGGCAGUUCCAAUCCCGACCGGGAUGCCAGGAACUGAGAAAGGAACGAAUCAGGUCUCAGAGUGAUUCAGUUCACAUCGUUCGCUCAGCAGUUCAGUUCUUUUGAACGACUCGUUCAUGAACAACACAAACACAUCUUGGGGGGCCUCCAUGUGAACCCCCCCAGCAGACUGAGAACCAGGAACAGACAGAACCAGAGUCUCCAGGAACUAACCACCUCUCUAUCUGUGUGUGUAGAUGAACUGGCCGUUGCCAUGGCACCCUCAGAUCGUUGACGUCCAGAUCAUCACCAUCGGCUCUGUGGCCGUCGUCGCUGUCCCAGGAGAAAUGACGUAACGACAUUUGACUUUUUUACCUGAUAAUUCUGUUCUUACUGGUUUAACUGGAGCUGCUCACUGGUACAGAUACUGGGAACUACUGAGUCACUGCUUCACCUGGAGCUUGUUGGUCUGUUCACAGAACCAUGUCAGGGCGGAGGCUGAGGGAGGCGGUCCGACAGGUGAGAGCGGACCAUCAACAACCAACCCCACUCAAACACACCUGCAGCAUGUCAUGUGAUCAGACCCGUUCACCUGUGUGUGUGUGUGUGUGUGUGUGUGUGUGUGUGUGUGUGUCAGGAGCUCCAAUCAGAGGGAGGCUUCAGUGACGUGGAGGUGGUGAUCGCCGGCCUGAGUAACAUCUACACCCACUACAUCACCACCUUUGAAGAGUAUCAGGUACACGCCGCUGAGGCUCAUGGGAACUGUAGUCCUCCAAACUCGUUGUUCGUCGUUAUCAAACGUUACCCGCUCUUGUUCUGGUAGGUGCAGCGAUAUGAAGGCGCCUCCACCAUCUACGGCCCGCACACGCUCAGUGCGUACCUGCAGAAGUACAGAGGUCUGGCCAAAGCUAUUGCACAGGUGAGACUGGAGGAACUACAGGGUCCUUAAAAACACGAGGGUCACUGGUCUACAUCUAUAAACAACUCCAUAAUCCAGACAAAGUCAGUCUAACAGGAUGACGAUCAGAGUUUCUGUGUUUUCAGGACCGGGUCUCGGAUCUGCCGGUCGGCCCUCAGCCGCCCUUCUUUGACAAAGGUCUCUUCAAUCUGCUCGGAGCUGCUCCUGUCGACAGAAAACCAGCAAACACCAGUUUUGGAGACGUCCUGGUGCAGGUUUACCCGGUCUACAGACAGGUAGGACAUGGUCUCUGAGUCCGUCAGUGGCGUUCCUCAGGGUUCGACACUCGGCCUGCUUUGUUUCUGCCUGAUGAACCAACAACGUCUGGUUUAAAGUUUGAUGUUCUCUUCUUUCAGGGAGACGUCGUCUCGGUCACGUUCGUCGCAGGAAACCCUCGACACUCUGGAGACAUGGUAAGAUUUAACGCUAAAUAACCUUUUUGUCCCAUCUGUCCGUCCGUACUUUGGUCUGUCUGCCUCCUCUGUCGCCUGGAACACCUCUGCUGUGUUUGUUUGCAGAGAGAUAAAACGUUUGUUACCGUGGAGAUGUAUGACAACAGAACAGACUCCUGGGAGGUGGUCCACAAUGAUGCAUCAUGGGAAACCAGGUAUGGGACUGAAGGACAGCGCCGUAUUUAGAGUUUAAUCAGAGAGGAUUCAUGGGAAAUAACCACGGAGUGUCUGUCUGCAGGUUCCACUGGCUGAAGGGAUCGAACCGUCAGAGUAACUCCACCAUCGAGUGGACCAUCCCGCCGUCCGCCACCAGCGGCUUCUACAGGAUCCGACACUUCGGACAUUACAAAGAGUUAAAAGGUCUGACAUCCGUCAUCAAGCCGUACGAGGGAGCGUCCGACGUUUUCAGAGUCACUCCGAGUUUUUAUUACCAGUGAGAUCCGGGGGUCCUGGAGUUCAAAGACCCUGAUCCUGGAAAACGGACCCCCUAUAAUAAAAACAGUGAAAAGUUCCAAAUAUGGAGUUUCCUGGGAAAACUCAGUAAUUAUGAAUGAAAAUAACCCUCUAAGUUCAUGUUCCAGCUGAUCCUUUUAUUAUGAAUUAACUUAUUAAAUAUCUGACCGUAUCA